AUGAAGCUCGAGAAUGUCAUCCUUCCAGGCCGAGAUCCAAAAUCUCGUUGGGAUGUUGACUUCGCAGCCAACGCGAUUACUUCUAUCCGCCCGUCAAUAUCUUCAUCUUCCUCCUCAGACCCAGCGUCACUCCUUCUCCCGCCCCUUUGCCACCCACACAUCCAUCUCGAUAAGGCGUAUCUCCUCACGUGCAACACCUCACAUCGCCCAUCUCAGUCUCAAUCCGAGGACUCUCCACCAAUUCAUGCCGCCUACUCAGACCUGACCCCACAAACCGGCUCCUUUAGCGAAGCUCUAUCUUUGACUUCUCAAGCCAAACGACACUACACACCUGAAGACCUCUAUCUCCGCGGCUCACAGUUACUCGGCACGUCCGUCGCCCAAGGCGUAACCUCAUGUCGCGCCUUUGUCGAACUCGACCACGUCACCGGCAACUCGUGCCUCUCAACUGCACUCGCCCUCAAAGACCUUUUUCAGGCCAAACUCAAACUGCAGAUCUGCGCCUUUGCCCAGGACCCGAUCUUCAGCACCGAACACGGUGAAGGGAAUCGACAUAUCCUAACCCACGCGCUGGAAACAUGCGGCGCCGACGUCGAAGUGCUGGGGACCACACCGUACGUCGAGAAGAGUCCUGAGGCAAGUUUGCGCAACAUCGAGUGGGCGAUUGAGACAGCGUUAGCCAAUGAUCUCCAUCUGGAUUUCCAUCUCGAUUAUAGUCUGGACGAAACUCGAAAACCUAUGGUCUGGGAUGUGCUGCGCUUGCUGAAAGAUUUGAGAUGGAACGAGCGUACGAAGAAAGGCCGGACGAUCGUCCUGGGCCAUUGCACGCGUCUGACGCUUUGCAGUGAUGCCGAAAUGGCCAGAUUGGCCAAAGAGAUUACAGACUCCGAGCUACCGGUUCACUUCGUCGGUCUCCCGACAAGUGAUCUAUUCAUGAUGGGUCGACCAAGCCACAUAGGUUCGUCGGAGGAGGAUAAAUCUGCCCACCGGCCCCGUGGCACGCUUCAGGUGCUGGAUAUGAUCAAGAAAUUCGGCUUGUCGACCUGUCUUUCCGUGAAUAAUGUCGGCAACGCCUUCACGCCAUGGGGCAUGGGAGACCCUUUGCAACUGGCAUCUUUGGGCGUGGGAAUAUAUCAAGCAGGGACAGACGAAGAUGCGAAGACACUUUUCGAAUGCGUGAGCUCCCGGGCGAGGAAGGCUAUAGGCCUCUCGCCGGCUUCUGCGGUAAACUUGGAGUCUAAGACUGGAGAUGAAGAUGCCGGGGAGGGAGAAACAGAUGAACCCAAUCUGGAAGUAGGACGCAGAGGUGAACUCCUCCUCGUCCGCAACGAGGAGUGGGUUGGCUGUCCAGGACAUUUGGGCAUCAGGAUUCCCGCAAGGCAGCGUGUCGGGUUUAGAGAUCUCGUCUGGGAUCCGCCCGAUAUCAGGCUGAGACGGAUCCUGCGGUGUGAACAUGGGCACAUGCGGUGGGACGGAGUGGUCUAA